GGUCCUUGUCGUUAUUUUGAAAGCAUCUGGCAGUCGAGGAGAAGAGGUGGUGGUAAUGCACUAACUAGUUGAGAUGUUUUAUCACUAUCACUCAAUCUUUUCAUGAGGUUUUUAUUUUUUACGUAGAACAGAAACUGCACUAUAAAGUACACGCUGACAGAAGCGGGCAGUAGGUAUAAUUAUACGUUGCAAAAAGGCUAACGUUAGCACGGCCGCCUCAGAAAACGUUUUGAGUUUUCAGUCUUUUUGUAGCUGGCAACUUCAAUGGGCAACUAUUUACAUUAUGUCUAUUACUGGAAUGUUUUUCUGACCGUGGUUACUCUGUCUUGUGUUUAUCUUUGGAACUUCGACGUUCUUAACUGCUUGUUAAAUCCUGUUGCCCAGUAAAAGUUGGGCGACGUACAGUGUACUUUUUGGUACGUACAAAUAAAUGUGACAAUUUAUAUUGCAUAGUUACAUUUAGUUUAAAGACAAGUACGAAAUUAUCAUUGAAAUUAGAAAAGGAAAAUAGACACACCACACUCAAUCCAAAAAUAGAAUAGCUGUUAUGAACCCUAAAUACCACAAAUAAUUUUAGGAACGUUGUGUAAAUGUAUAUGCGCUAUGUAUUAAUGUUAAUGUAUAUAUUCCUGUAAUAGAUCCUUGCAGAAAAAGAAAAAAAAAUCCCACAGGGAACAUUCGCACUCCCUUGAAACUGCGCAUGCGUAGACUACGUUGUAAACAAUGAGACGACUAUCAGACAGUCCUCAUCUUUGUUACACUUUGAUUUGUGUCAAACUAUUGAGGACCUCCCUAAGCUCAUCGUAAAAUACAAAACAUGUUGCUCUGUGAGUAUGAGUACUCAUUUGUUACAAGAUUUUAUUAGAUGCACUUUUAGUUGUUUUUUUUAUCGCCAUCAUCACUCCGGAGAGGUUCGAAUUUGUACGUUGCAGCCCGAGAAGCCACCACAAAUGACAGUUGGGUGUGACAGCAUGCAAUGAAUCCACCAACGCAGCCGGAGCUGAAGAAUGGAGGCAGUUUUGACCAGGCUGAAGGGCCUAACUGCUGAUGAACUGCGUGAGGAAUUUGCCCGGGCAGACCUGAAGUGCGUCGCCAUCACAGCCACCACACGAUCAAUCUUUGAAAAGAAGUUGGCACAAAUGCUUGCUGGGCCAGAGAGUAGUACCACUGAAACCGACAACGGUUCCUCUGCAAGGGAUGCAGAUGCCGUGACUUCAGUAGCUGACCAUGACAAACCUUUACCGUGUGCCAUCUCAAGUGUUUCAGCAAGCAGCGGCCCAAAUGAUGAGCUGGACCUUGGCUAUGGUGUGGGGCUUAACCCGCCAGAGGAAGAGGAGAUCUCUAACUCUCAAUCCAAAUUGAAAACUCCUUCAAAAGCAGCACAAUUAUCUCCAGCCUUUUAUUAUGGCGUAUGUCCGUCAUGGGAGGACAUUUUGUCUCGAAAUGAGAGAGCACAUGUGUAUACAGAUCAGAAAGAUGCCCUUCAAGCUGUGAAGGGGAUGAAGGAAGCACGCUUCAAAGCCUUUUCCAACCGCGAGGAUGCUGAGAACUUUGCCAAGGGGAUGUGUGACUAUUUCCCCUCUCCCAAUAAAUCUUUGGCACCCGUAUCUCCUGUUAAACCAGGCCAAAUCGUCAGUAAAGACAUCAUGGAGGUGGAUACCAUUAACAGGGAGAGGGCCAACAGUUUUAAGAGCCCACACACCCGGGACUUGACUGCCGAGCUGAGAAAAGCUGUAGAAAAGGGAGAUGAGGUGGCCUUCACUGACAUAGUCUCGAGCAACCCACGCUAUCUCAUUGGCUCAGGGGAUAACCCCACUAUUGUUCAGGUGGGUUGCAGGUACAACGUAAUGCAUGUGGCAGCCAAGGAGAACCAAGCAGGCAUCGCCCAACUUCUGCUGGAUACUUUGGAGAACCCAGAGUUCAUGCGCCUCAUGUACCCCGAUGACCAGGAAGACAUGCUGCAGAAGCGUAUCCGUUACAUUGUCGAUCUUUACCUCAACACUCCAGAUAAGGCGGGUUUUGAAACACCACUCCACUUUGCCUGCAAGUUUGGGUGUCCAGACGUGGUCAACGUGCUGUGCUCGCAUCCUGACACAGAUAAGAACCGCAAGAGCAGUAAUGACCACAAACCUUGUGAUAUUAUUUGUAGCAGAAAGAACACGACAGAAGAAGUGAAACAGAAAAUACGUGACUAUUUGGAGGACCGCUGCUACAUCCCCUUGCUCAGGGCAGCUGACAACACCUCUCAACCCGUCAUUGGUGCUCCCUGGUCACCUGAAGCCUCAGAGACUCUCUCACUGAUCCAACAACACGCAAAAAACCCAUUGGAUCCACUGAUGACUGUCGCAGCCUUUGCUGGCCCACUGAGUCCCUCUAAAGCAAGUGAUUUUCGCCGUUCCUGGAAGACGCUGCCUAGGACUUCAGAAGCAAAGCAUUUCCACAACAUCCUGAAGUCGGAUCCUGACCGUGGUGCAGAGCGGGUUGGCAGAGAAUUGGCUCAUAAGAUGGGUCUCCCCUGGGCGGAAUACUGGGACUUCCUUGACUGUUUCGUAGAUCUGUCAUCAAUCAAAGGUCUUCAGAAGCUUGAAGAGUACCUGAGUAGGAAGGAUUUCUUUCCACGGACUUGUGAAGAAGGGGAGAAUGAGACCAACAAAUUUAAAACUCCUUCCCCAGGCAAGCCCAAGAAGUUCUGCAACUCCAUCUCUGUUGGUGCCUUCUUGGAUGAGGGUGAGGACAUCAGCCUUGAGGAGAUGAAGAAUAGGCAGAAUGCAGCACUUACCAGCAUCACCUCCUCCGCCACAUCCAUGGACAAUCUGAAGGGUGCAGUGGGAGGUCACGACUUCCACAUCAUGCCAAUGGGACUGAAGUAUCGGGGGGGGGACCUGAUUGAGACCGCAGCCGAGCAGGACCUGCUGUCACCUGUCGUCUGCAAAAAUGAGGUGUGCUCUUCCUCAAGAGAUGGGAUUCCCAAUGGAGAUAAGGUCUCUCCUCGGAGCUCCCCGUCCGCCUCCAGCAUGCUGUCACCCGUCUCCAACCUCUUGGUGGAGUUUGAACGCAUGUCGCUACAAGACCGGCCGGACAGCCCUGACGGAUGCAGGGAGAGGAGGAGCAGUAGCGGGAACCGACACAGAGAGACCCUCGACUCCUACAGCUCUGUCAUUGGCACAGACCAGACCUGUGGGCUGAAGCGACUGUCGAUUGGCCACGGCAGCCACAACAACGAGGCCUUGAAGGGAGGUGACGCAGAGGAGAGGUGCAGCAGCGGCAGCUCUGAAGAGUUCUUGGAUGCAGACGCGGACAGCCUGGAAUUGAUGAGCAGGACAAGGGGCACGGCUUCAGGGGUGCGCAACCUCUGUGCAAGGUCCAAAUCAUGGGAUCAUGGUGGGAGGGACCUGAGUAGCUCGGGGUCAUCUGCCUCCUCCUAUAAGUCCUUGGAUAAUUCCCAUGAGUUCCUUCCCAGGACCCCACCUCACAUUAGAAGAGGACUCUUUAUCCAUGGAGUUCCCAAGAGGAGAGCACGGCUAUUUGGACCUCGGCCAACUACAACCCGUGGCCGAGUAUAUCUCUGGGUAGUAGACAAGGAGGAGAGCUGACAGAGUUUAGAGGAAUUCUAUAUCGUGUUGAACUUACUGCGACAUGAUCCCAGUUCCAUGUUUUGACAUCUGCAAUGAAACAUCUGGGGAAGCCCAUCCGACUCUUCAGCCCCUGAUCAACUGAUUGGUGUCUGCUAUCCCCAAGGACAUUAGAACGGCAUUUUAUAUUUUCAAAGAAUUGCUCCAGUAGAAAUGUGCAUGUUAUAUUACUUUAUAAAUGUUUGUAUAUCGAUUUGCACCUUACUUUUUAAUAUACUUCCAGGAAUGUCCGCACAUUUACCGCUACAAUUUUGAAAUUGUUCAAUUGUUAUCAAUAAAGAACUGGAAAUGAAUGGUUCCUUCUUCACAAUUGCCAUAUAGAAAUCAGUGUUACAUUUCAUAUCUCCUUCUUGUUCAUAAACACGCUUCUUCAGGGAUUGUAUAUUUAAAACAAGAAAUAUGAACAAAUGAAAAGGGUUUAAACACAUUUUAUUUACGUUAUAUGCAGGGUUCAAUUACAUCAUUCCAAAAGGUUUGUUCCAGCACUAAAUAUAUAUUUAGUAAUGCCAUAAAGCAUGGAUGUUUAUAAUUACUUUAUACAUAUUUGUAUGGUUGUUGUUUUUUUAGAGACAGCCAUAAGAUUGAAGUAAAACUCACCAUGGCCUCUGCUGAGUUGAGUUUGCAACACCUGAUUAGAUCAUCAGGCCCUAGCUGUUGUAAUCUGUGGUAGGCCACUGGUGACAGACAACCUGUAAUUUCAUUUUAUUUUUAUUGGUUUAUUUCAAAAGGACAAGAACAUACUGAUUAACAACAGUUAUUCAAAUAAUGCAGUGUGACAAAAAUCAAUUACAAAAAUAUUUCUGGUUAGGUAAUGAGUUUGCUGGGUUGCUUUUAUAAAACCCCUAACCACAUCAAUGGUAUUUUUUUUCGUCGAUUGGCAAAAGUAGUACAUUAUGUAAUUGUGUACCUAUCAUAUUGUAGCUGAAAGGCAGAUAUUUGGGGAUUUUAUUUUGCCAUCUUGGAUCACAAUGUUAGUCAGUCUUUGGUGUGUCUCAGUACAUCUUGAGAUCAUCUGUCAUUGUUCACGCAGGUACUUCAGGGAAAAGAAUGUCACAAAUAUGCAAUCAAUUGAGUAGGAAUAAAUACAAAUCUUGUAACUUUACAGCAUCCUACGAAAGUACUUGCAUGGAAAUUUGUAUGUUGUUCAAUUCCCUUUCAUUUCUGUCCACCGAUGAGAAACUAAAUACACAAAAAAGAAACACUAUUCUAUUACAUGUUGCAGGGAAUGAUAUAAGGAGCAACAUUAUUAUAGCACUUGUACUAAGCACUGUACACGAAGUAACUACAUUUUGUCCCCUAAAAUGAAUACCUUGGGUCCAACUUCUUUUAUGGACCUUGAGUUUCAGUUCUUUCCAUAGAUUUUCGAUUGGAUUGAAGUCAGGUGAUUGGCUGGGCCAUUCGAGCAGCUUUUGUUUUUUUUCUUUGAAACCAAUUGAGAGUUUCCUUGGUAGAAUGUUUUGGAUCAUUAUCUUGAUGAAAUGUCCACUCGUUUUAUUUUCAUCAUCCUCGUAGAUGGCAUCAGAUUUUUCUCAAGAAUGUCUCGGUACGUUUGCCCAUUCAUCCUUCCUUCAAUAAUGUGAAGUUUACCAGUACCAUUUGCGAAAAGCAGCCCCACACCAUCAUGUUCUCACCUCAGAAUUUAACUGUUGGUAUGGUGUUUUUAGACUGAUCUGCAUUUCUCCUCCAAACGUGGUGUGCAUUAUGUCAUCCAAAGAGUUCAGUUUUGCUCUCAUCAGACCUGACUAUAUUCUCCCAGUAUUUAACUAGCAUGUCCGAAUGUUGUUCAGAAAACA